AUAGUCCAUCCACUGGGUUGUAAAACUACUGCACUAUUAUCAUGUGUUACACUUUGACACGCACAAGAAACAGUGGAAGUGAUAUUGCAUGCACACGUUGGGAAAUGAGUCCACAGACCUGAGGCAGUGUUUCCUUUUACAAAAGGAGUUGUGAUGUCUCCUGCAGGCUUGUGUUGUCUGUUUUUCCUCUGUGUGUUGGCCUUCUGCUGGGUGCCUGCAGGUUGCUAUCCCGAUGGAAAGGUCACCAAAGUCUGUGGUAGUAUGAAGCCCCACCACGGUGCCUCUGGUCAGACCAAACCGAGCCCCUACAACCUGUCAACCAACACCACCAUCUUCAGCCCCGGAGAUCACAUCCAAGUCACCUUAUCUGGAACAACAUCUUUUGGGGGUUUUCUGCUGGAGGCCAGAGAUGCAGAUGACCAGGCUUCGGAGUCUGCGGUCGGCUCCUUCAUCUUGACCGAUCCCAGCAAGACACAGCUGCUCACCUGCAACAAGCAACAGGGUUCAGCAGUGAGUCAGACCAGCAAAGUCCAACAGACGGAGGUGGUCGUCAUCUGGGAGGCACCCAAAGAUUCCCCCAAGGAAGUCCAGUUUUUUGUGACUGUAGUUACACACUACAACGUAUUUUGGGUGAAGCAGAGAGGACCAAUCAUCUACCAACAUGGUGUCACCCCCCACCCGCCUCAUUCCACCACCACAUCCGCCCCACCCCACACGACAACACCAUCUAUCCUCCCUGGACCUUUCACCUCUGAUGGAUGUGGUCUGUCAAAGACCUGCCUUCUAGACCCUCCAGGCUGUAACCCAAAGGAGGAUCCACACUGUUUCUUCCUGUCCAUGACUCCACAGGGACACGACAAAUCGUCUGUAAUGUUUGAGCUGAGUGGCCCAGCAGAUGGAUAUGUUGCCUUUGCCUUGUCAUGGGACAGAUGGAUGGGUGAUGAUGAUGUGUAUCUGUGUAUAAAUGACGGAGACAGCGUAUCAGUGAGCGCAGCCUUCGCCACUGGACGGAAAUAUCCCAGGGACCAGACACAGUCUGACCUCCAUGGGAAGUCAUGGAGACUCGCAGAUGGAGUGAUCCAGUGCAAGUUCAGUCGACCAGUAAUACCAACCACUGUGGACUCCCAACGCUUUCAUCUGGACCAUGAAUACUACCUGUUUUUAGCUAACGGUCAUGCUGACAAUGGUGCAAUCUGGAAACACAAGCACCAACCGUUAAUCUCUGAGAAAAAAAUACUCAUCACAGGCUCUUCCAGCGUCCUCAGAGGCUACCGUGGACCGGUCUCAAUGAAACUGCAUGGUGGUCUGAUGUUGUUUGCAUGGAUGCUAACAGGAAGUGUUGGUACCUUCAUCGCCAGUUUCUAUAAACCUGACUGGCCUGAUCGGACUGUGAUGGGGCAGAAAGUCUGGUUUCAGAUUCAUCGAUGCCUGAUGAUGGUGACUGUAAUCCUGACCAUCGUGGCCUUCUGGCUCCCAUUUUUCUACAGAGGGGGGUGGAGCAAGCAUGCAGGUGUCCAUCCGUACCUGGGCUGUUGUGUUUUGGCGUUGUCUCUGCUUCAGCCUAUCAUGGCAAGGUUCAGACCGUCACCUAAUGCAGACAGGAGAUACAUCUUUAACUGGGCUCACUGGGGAGUUGGAUCCAUCACUGAGAUCAUGGCAGUGGCAGCCAUGUUUCUGGGGAUGUGCCAAUCAUCACUACACCUCCCAUCGCCGUGGGCAACCAGAAUUAUGAUUGGCUACGUGACAUGGCUGGGGUCAUUCAGGUUUCUGUUUCUGAUGCACAAGCACUUUCACAAAAAAUGCGCUGCAAGGUCAGAUGAUCAACAGCCCAUUAUAUCUGAUCAAUCAGAGCCCAGUUACAAGGGCUCCAUCAUUAAGUCACUCCUCUUGGCUGCCUUGGUUUUGGGAAAUACCGGUUUUCUCACAACUUUACUGUAUUCAGUUGCCAACAUUUGACAUCUAAUUGCACAAUGUGAUAUAUUUACCAAGUAACAUAUUUAACUCUUUUACCACCAAGGUCUAUAAGUUCUUUUCAAGUUAAUCCUUCAUCAACCUAAACUAGAUUUACUUCCUUUCUCUGUUGUGGUUUUUUCCUGUUCUAGUCAUGUGUGCUAUAUAUGUUAAUUCUCGUACAUUUAAGGUUAAACGUUGAUAUUCUAUUUUCAGUGGUUGUAUUAAUGUUUAAUAGUACCACUUUAUUUGCCUUCACUGAAUAAUUAAUCACAGCAAACUCCAGAAUCAGCAGAAUGCUUUACUGCAGAUGCUUUUCAGUGCUUAAUUUAUUUUCUCUUUACUGUUUUACUUGAACUGUGACUCAAAACCACACGUUAUUUGAGGUUGA